GUUUACAGAUUACCACGCGGUAACUCAAAGCAACACUCGUAAAUUAAGUGCAGAUAAACAGGACAGAUGGUGUCGUUGACAUUAAUGUUAUACAUAAUUUAUCGAAAAUAUGCCCGUUGUGCCCGUUGUGGAUAUUCUUUUUGUAAGGAGCGGAAUAUGGGACAUAUUUGCUUAUUGAUCUGGUCGUGUGAAAUAUUGAAAUGCGUGCCUAAAAGAAAAUAGAUCUGGCAUCGAGAUUUAAACACCGGAAGCUCGGCUUUUUUUCUGGAACAAACACGCGCUUCUAGCCGUCAAUGUAUCCGCUGUAAAAGUAUUGGUAAAAUAAAGCCGGCUCAUGAAGGUGCAUCGAUUUUUCUGAGGAAUUCUAGUUCACUUUCACAAACGCAGACGGGAUGACGCACUGUGCUUCGCGUGAGCGUCGAGAGCGAUUGUGGAUUGAUUGACGUGGAAAAUGAAUUAAGUGUAAUAAGAUUAUUUAAUCUGUUUGUUCGCCAGUCGGAUGCUGUCUACAGAAGUGAGAUACGCGAUGUAAAAGUCGGGAAUAUUCUUUUGGAAAGUGUCAGAUGAGUUAUUUAUUCAAUACAAUGCGAGGAUUUCUUUCGGGGGCUGGUGAAAAUAUUUCGUCUGCACAGCUACAGGCAGGUAUCGUGAGAGGAUUAAUCUUUUGUGCCUAGCUGUAUCGGCGCGUUUUGAAUUUUACAUCGGAUAAUUAGAUGAUUACUUUCAACGGUACAACGUGUCUGUUUUGUGUAUUCGUGUGAAUAGCUUUGGAUAUUCGGUGAUAAAUAAGCUGCGAGUCCUGAACGCGUCGAAUUGGUGUUACGAGAAUUGAUAGCUGACAUUCUAUAAAUACUUUAAACAUUGAUUAUAAACAGUGCAAAAUGAAUAUUGAAAUACCAGACGGUUUGGGUGAUUUGCUCAGAGAUUUUACAGUGGCUGUAUUACGCGAACGACCACCGGAUAUAUACGACUUCGCGGUGCGAUUUUUUACAAAAGUUCGCGAAAAUCGUCGACCGAAGGAUGUCCCUAUGUACGUAAUAGUCGACGACGAUGAUAUUGGGGAACCAGAUAAAGACUCAUUUAAACCAAAGUGUCAGCGCUUGAACAGAUAUGGCCGGCGACAAUCGGUAUCGGCGGAGCGUUACGAUCCAGAAGAGGACGUGAGCGACGAUGAAAAGGCAUGUCAUGGUAAAACGGAUGAGCAACGAGAGCGUCUUACGGAAGCUGUAAGCGGUAUUUUGUUGUUUAGGGCGCUUGAACCGGAACAAAUGCAGGAUGUUUUGGACGCCAUGUUUGAAACUGUUGUUCACCCGGGCGAUUACGUCAUACGUCAAGGCGAUGACGGUGAUAAUUUCUACGUCAUCGACUCCGGACAGUAUGACGUACUAGUAACCGUAAAUGGUGAAGAAAAACGGGUUCACACUUUUGAAGGUAAGGGUAGUUUCGGCGAGUUGGCUCUUUUGUACAAUAUGCCGCGCUCGGCGUCCGUGAUGUCCGUGUCUCACGGGUCUCUAUGGGCCAUGGACCGUAAUUCCUUCAGACGAAUAGUGUUAAAAAGUGCUUUCAAGAAGCGUAAAAUGUACGAAGAGCUACUAGAAAACGUUCCAAUCCUAAAGUCUCUAGAGCAUUAUGAACGAUCUAACCUUGCUGACGCAUUAGUCACAAAGAAAUACACUGACGGCGAAUGCAUCAUACGACAGGGCAACGAGGCAGACGGUAUGUUCUUUCUUGAGGCGGGAGUAAUUCGUGUAACAAUCAUCAAUCCCGACGGUGAAGAGGAGGAAUUGGGGCAACAUUCUAAGGGAAAAUAUUUCGGGGAGUUAGCGCUGAUAGAAAAUCAGCCGCGCUCAGCUAAUGUUUACGCCGUGGAUGAAGUUAAAGUUGCAUUCCUUGAGCGCGAAUGCUUCGAACGACUCCUAGGACCUUGUCUCGACAUCAUGAAACGGAACAGCGAAUUAUACAAACAGUAUACGGAACAGCAUUCAGUCAAAGUUAAUUGCGAAUAAUAAUUUAAGCAACUGUUAAAUACUUUUAGUUAUAUUUAUGCUGCUUACUUUAGACAUUCGCGUGUUUGUAUGCGUGUUGAAGCACUGAUAUAUGAGGUAUUUUUAUAUGUAAUACAUGUAGUUUUGAUUUUGGCUGAACAAAAUCGCUUUUAAUAACGAUCACUGAACUAAACUUAUUAUUUCGAUCAUAAAACUAGCCUAGUAUAGAAUCGGCUCCGUCUGUUUGUAUGUGAUGCCUACCGUAUUUUAGAAUGCUAUACUUUGUCGUGCUAAUGCGGACUGAAUCAUUAUCAAUAGUUCGUGAACUAAAGGAAUGUACUAAUUUGUAACAGCUGUUAAUAGCCAAGAUAUCAUUUAAUGCGUUUAUAAUAGGAUUGAAUAAUUAUGCCUUCAAACUGACGUGAAAAAUACUGAGCUUCUUUUGAACCAUAUCUAUAACAGCUGUGCCAUUUCCGAUUGGAAAAUAAAUGCUUGUGUGUUUGUUAAACGUGUAUCUGUCAGGUUCUCUUGUAUUAUUUGAAAACCUUUUGUCAAAUCUUCGAAUGUCAAUAGUAGUGUUUUGUUGAUGAACGCAAGCCAGAAAACGGCAAACAAAUUCAUACUAUGUUAUACUUAUAUGUUUGUUAAUAAUAAGAAUACAAAAUGAGUUGUCCGGAACGAUUAUGUUUUAACAGAUAUGUUUUCAAAGCCAAAGAAUUGUAUUUUAGUAAAUUGUGUUAGCCGACAAUUAGUAAGAUAUAGGUGUGAAUAAUAGUAUGGUCCUGUAUGGAUGUUGCAGUGUUUUGUCCAGUAAACAGGUUGGACUUUGUGGCUUUGUAUCGGAAACAAAAUUGUCUUAAGGUACCUUUACAUAUUUUAUAGCGAGAAGUGUCAAUCAAUAAACGGUUUUAAAGUAUUUAGUGUUAGAGUUAGAUCCCCUUCACUCAUAACGAACAUUUUGUCAACUUAUCUAUAUGAAUUUGCAUGUGUAUUUGAAAAAAAUCAGCCUUUUUUAUUUUCGGUACUGUCUUCCACAAUUCACUUAAUUUUAAAACUAAUAAAUAUAUGAUUAAGCCGCUUAUGUCGUGUCGCCUUGGUUACCAAAUAUCGUCAUCAUCACCAAUAUAUGUUAGCUGCCACUCGCUUAUGAUUCUUAGGUCGAGACGCUUAAUAGUAUCAGGUUAUUCAAUAUGACCGAUAAACGUAUUUCCUACAGUUUAAUACCGUACUAAUAAUACAAAAAUAAACAUUAAAAACAUGA